CUGACGUGCCGCUUUUUCCCCAGCCGUUUGCCGGGCCAUGCAGAAAGCCGUGGCAGAGGUGGAUCAGGAAGGCGAUGGCGUCAAAGCGGAGGCGCGCCUGGAAGUGCGCUGGAUGGUCAGCGGGGAGCUGGCCUGUGUGGUGGAUACAAUACCCACAACGCGCAUGGCGGACGUGCGAUCGCAGGUGUAUGAGAAGACAGGAGUGCCUGUCGAGCAGCAGUGGCUCUACUGCGGAGGCACAGAACUGCAGCAGCAAGCAGAUUUGGCCCAGAUCAGUCGUAUGAGCGUUCAGACCGGCAUCCAGCUGGUACGUUGCCUCAGCGAUCCGCGGAACACCAACCGGGCUCACUUCAGCGAAAACCUGCACAUCCAUGAGGGGCCCGUUAUUGUGGUUGACGAUCAAUGGCGCCGCGACGAGUCUGUCGGAAGCUUUACUUGGGUGCGAAGAAUCGGGGACGCCAUCUAUGGCGAGGUUGCAGUUUACAAGUGGAGCCACGGGGAGGCCGUGACUGAUGUGGCGGUGAAGAGACGAAACGUCGACCAGGCACGACAGACGAUUGGCAAGGAUACCAACGAGUGGACGGCGCACCAGACGGGUCGCAACGUGCCCAACGCGGAGGACACCUAUGCAGAGAUUGGCGUUCUGCAGUAUUUGUCGAGGCAGCCAGACUUGCCCUUGUUCCUGCUGAAAGCCUUCACGGCCUUCUUGGACGACUCUAAGAUUUGGCUGGUUAUGGAGCUGGCGGAGCAGGGAGAGCUUCUGGAUGCGGUCCUGGCCAAUCGAGUGGCUGUGAACAAACAGAGGCAAUACGUGUGGCAGAUGCUUCAGGCGGUGUCGUAUCUCCACAAGCACAACAUCGGGCACAGGGACAUCUCCCUGGAGAAUCUGUUGCUCCACCAGGACACAGUCAGGCUGAUGGAUUAUGGGAAUGCCGUCCAGAGCCACUCAAUGACUGGCCAAGAACUGCGGUACUUCCUACCCGUUGGGAAGGACACGUACAGGGCGCCCGAGUGCUUCAUUCCCCUUGGCCAGUCUGUGGCCACGGUCACCGUGCCACCGGACGCUGGCGCGGGUGACCUCAUUCUGCACAGGAACUACCAUUCCCUUUACCAGGUACGUCUGCCGGGCGGUGCGAAACCGGGCCAAGAUUGCCAGGCGGAGCUCUGGGGAUACGCAGUGCAGCCGGCUGAUGUAUUCUCAUGUGGUGUUUGCUUCUUCUGCAUGUGCUAUGGCAAUGGCCCCUGGAUGACUGCGCAGCUCACCGACGAAUUCUUCGCCUACGUUUAUGCAAACCAAAAUGGUGUGACGGACCUGCUCCAACAUUGGGGCAAGCCACUACUGGACGCCGAGGCCAUGAGCCUCCUCCUGAGCAUGCUGUGCGUGGAUCCGCUGAAGCGGCCCAGUGCCUCGCACUGCUUGGACAGCAGCUGGCUCUCGUCGCUGGCGACGGCUGCUGUACCUUUGCAUUCUCAUGAUGAUGACCUCAUGCUUUAGCAGCCCAAGCGCUGACUCAGUGGACGUGACUUUGACGGCAGUGCGCCCGGACCCUCCAUAAAAGUGCCUAGCGUGUGGGAAGCCGCACAAAAGGCAAAUCUAUUGAGCGCGAGCAAGCUCUGUCGAGCAGAAAAGACGCCAACUUCCCAGUUCAAAACAGCUUAGCUGUUUCGUUUGGCCGCGGAUUUUUCAAGGCCCAGUCACGGA